AUGCACGAACAUAAGGUGGUCAGCAUGAGUUACUACGAUGCGCUCGGGGUGAAGCCGGACGCGACGCCAGCGGACAUCAAGAGGGCGUACAGGACGAAGUUCAUGAACUUCUACGGGAAGAUGAACGAACGGACUAACGAGACGCCGACCGUGUGGGCGAACUUCACGAGGGAGACGCGCGCGUACCAGGUGCUCCGUGACAGGCAGUUGCGUCGGAAGUACGACCAUUACGGACCGGGGGAGAAAGUUGUGCCACCAGGUGGGUUCCUGGGGACAGAGACUUUCUGUUCCCAUUCGUUUGGUGGGGACGGGUUUCGUCCUUGGAUUGGCGAGUUCACUCUGUUCCGAGUGAUCAAUGAGGCCGUGCAGAUGAUGCAUCAGGAGCACGGUCAUACGUUGCUGGGCCGCAAAGGGUCAUCGAACAAGCUUUCUACAGAGCAAGAGGACAAGUUGAAGGCAAGCGCACAGGAGAGGUACGCGAAGAGCGGGAACGAGAUGCACGAGAUGAUCGAGGCGCUGGACUACAAGCUUGAACGGUACUACUUCGCCGUGAAGGAUGGCGAGCUGGACAAGUUCGAGCGCAGGUUGCUCGAGGACGUCGAGUUGCUCAAGCUCGAGUCCUUCGGGAUAGAGCUGCUGCGGAUCAUCGCGCUCGUGUACCGCACAAAGGCGACGAACUACGUUAUGGCGGAUAAGACGCUUGGUGUCUCGCGUCUGUUCACCAAAUUCAGAGAUAACACCAGGGACAUGAAGUCCACUUUGGGGGUGCUCAACACGAGUAUAGACGUCCGUGAGAAAGUCGGGGAGUUUUCAGAGAAGGACCAGGACAAACUCACGGAGCAAGAGCAACUCAAAUUCGACACUCUCAUUAAGGACAAGACACUCUCCGUCAUGUGGGCAGUCUCGAAAGCGGAACUUAUCAGGAAACUCAGAGACGUCUGUAACGCCAUCCUCCACGACCAGACAGUAAAGCCAAGUGACAGAAUGGUCAAGGCCAAGGGACUGUUAUUCAUCGCCGACAAGUUUAGCCAGGCGCAACGCACCCCAGAGGAGGACGUCGCGGCUCGUGACUUCGAGAAGAUGUUCAUCGGCGUCGAUGAACAGAUGAUCCAGGCAUCAAUGAGCAUCAAUGCCUCGUGA